AUGCCUCCGGUAAAGGAUGAUUUGAUAAGAGAAAUUAAUUGUUUAGAUGUAAACCUAACUGAAAAAAGUCCUGCAAAAAGUACAGCACUUGUAGACGUAAGGGCGUGUAAUAAACCUGCCGCUAAGGUAUGGUUUCGUGGCGUGAGAAGCUCCAAAUUCCGCCAUGUAUAUGGAGUACCCUUCAAGAGAGAAAGAUGUUACGACAACAUAAAAAUCACCAGAAAUGCGCACGAUUCCAACUUUUGCGCGGUGAACCCUAAAUUCGUUGCGAUUGUCACAGAAGUUGCGGGCGGCGGUGCUUUUCUUGUAUUGCCUUUGGAUCACACUGGCCGGCUAGAUUUCAACGCGAGUCGUGUCACCGGUCACAAAGGCCCUGUGCUCGACAUAAAGUGGAAUCCGUUCAACGAUAACAUCAUAGCAUCAUGUUCGGAUGACUGCACGGUAAAACUAUGGCAUAUACCCGAUGGUGGUCUGUCCAUGCACCUGACGGACUGGCUGGUUGAACUGCACGGCCAUAAGAGAAGAGUCGCGUACAUCGAGUGGCAUCCUACCGCUGAGAAUAUACUCCUCAGUGCUGGCUUUGAUUAUUUAAUAUUCGUAUGGGACGUCGGCAAAGGCGAAGCGGUGAAGAUAAUAGACUGUCACAGUGACGUCAUCUACUGCAUGUCCUUCAACAGAGAUGGCUCCCUCCUCGCAACCACCUGCAAGGAUAAGAAACUGAGAGUCAUAGAGCCGAGGAGGGGCAUCGUGCUUUCUGAAGGCACGUGCCACGGCGGCACCAAGGCGUCUAAGUGCACGUUCCUGGGCAGCUCGGGCAAGGUGCUGACCACGGGCUUCUCGCGCCACAGCGACCGCCAGUACGCGCUGUGGGAGCCGCACCGCCUCGAGCGCCCGCUCGUCUGCGAGACCAUCGACAGCUCCUCCGGCGUCGUCUUCCCCUACUACGACUCUGAUACCAAUAUGGUAUACCUCGCCGGCAAGGGAGACGGAAACAUUCGCUACUAUGAAGUAGUGGACGAGCCGCCUUACGUGCAUUUCCUCAAUCAAUUCCUGUCUGGAAAUCCUCAGCGCGGGCUCGGUUUCAUGCCGAAGCGUGGCGUCAACACCAGUAUAUGCGAGGUGUUCCGCUUCUACAAGCUGCACACGUCGCGCGGCCUCUGCGAGCCCAUCUCCAUGAUCGUGCCGCGCAAGUCCGACUGCUUUCAGGAGGACCUGUACCCGGACACGGCGGCGCCGCAGCCGGCGCUGUCCGCGCGCGACUGGCUCAGCGGCCUCAACGCGCCGCCGCUGCUCAUCAGCAUGAAGACGGGCGUGACGAUAUCGACGCACAAGCCGCGCUCGAACAAGGACGCGCCGGCGCUGCAGCCGCAGGACGCCAACAACCGCAAGAAGUUCGCGUUCCUGUCGCGCGAGACCACGCCCGACUACCGCCCGCUCGCCACCUGGCAGCCCGACCACGGCGACCAGCCACAGGUAACAGACAAAUGUCAAAAGACAAGUGCAAAUCAAAACACAAAGUUCCAUCAACUGCAGCGCAUGUUCGGGAAGCAAACGGGCGAAGCGGAACCCGUGCCGCUGUACAAGCAGAUCAAUCAGGGCGAUGUCUUCAACACUGAGCACGAGUUACGAUUGGCGUUUAACCGGCAAGGCGAAGAGUUGCGCAUAGUGAAACGCCAGCUACAGAACAGCCAGCAGCGCGUGCGGGAGCUCGAGCAGCACAUUGCGACGCUCCAGGCUCGUCUGCGGGACGCC